UAGGAAUAAUUAAGAAGGAUGCAUAAUCAUUAUAGCCAGUAAAUUUCUUGAACUGGGUCAAUCAAUAUAUGGACCUUUUCCCAUAUGAGUCAACUCUCCCUACUAAGGGUAGUGCGCGCGUGGAAAAUCCUUUCAGUGCGCGGAAAAUUUGUGCCGUGACCACCCCAAAGAUGUCGUCGGAUGAUUUAAAGGUCGUGGAUGUUCCAGAAAAUCGUUUUGACGAUGCAAUUAACCACUUAAAAUGGAAUUUCUUCUCCGACGAACCCUUGAAUCACGCGGUAGGACUAUGCCAGAAAGGAGAGAGCCAAUUCGAGCUGGAAAGACACUGCUUGCUCACUUUAAAGCAGGGAUAUUCGAGAAUGCUGGUGGAUCAAAAUGGAAUGAUAGCUGGUAUGGCAUUGAAUGGUCUUCUGAAGAAGGGGGAGCGCGAAGAAGCUGAACGCCGUCUCGCAGAACUAAAUGACGAAAAAUUCAAAAUAAUCUUCGGACUUCUCUACAAAGUUAACAAAAAAAUAGACCUUUUUUACAAGUACAAUGUCGACGAGUUGUUUGAAUGCCGAAUCCUCAGUGUUGAUGAGAAUUUCCGCGGAAGAGGUCUGGCGAACAUUCUUAUGGCAGACAGUAUAGAAAUCGCAAAAUCCGCUGGUUUUAAGGUGGUCAAAGUUGAUGCUACGGGAAUGUAUUCACAGAAAGUGUGCUACAAACAUGGUUUUGAAGUGGAAGCGAUGAUUCCGUACAGAGAUCUUGAUGAAUCAAUUAGACCGGCUCCUCCCCAUCAGGCCUUAAAGCUAAUGGUGAAGGUGUUAGAUUAAAAAGUAUAUAAUAGAGAGCAAAAUACGAGAUACAACGUUAAUCAUGAGAAAUCUUUAAUAACCAGAAAAUGAUUUUACGAAAGAGCAGUAGUGUAAACUAUGUGUAUCGUUGUAUGACAAUAACAGAUCUCUAAUAUAUGUUUGUCUCAAAGACGCAUUUAUAAAGUACUUAUAUCUAAAGAUGGAACAGAUCGUAUGCCUCUCUUAGAAAGUAUUAACGAUUUGAGGUAUCGGUUACUGUUCUUUGUCGGUGUUCUGAACGCUGUGGCAUUACUAAGCACAAAAAAAAAAAAAUAGUUAAUAUUAUAUAUUUGAGUUGACAAAUGCAA